CCACAGCAGGAGAGGAUGUAGGCCCCAGUUAGACACCCUCCACAAACAUGUACCGCAUCCCCGUGCUCCUUUUGUGCCUCCUGAGUGUGACCGCGCCUGCAGGCAGCGCUAACACUCUCACCGGUACCGGCUCCACUCCGGACUCCGUUAAUACGAACUUUUCUUCCUCCGACAAUUCGACACCGUGCGAGAAGAGCGCGGACUGCGAGGAACUUCCGCGCCCGCACUUCUGCUCCAAUGGCACGUGCUACGGCUGUUACGAGUGCUGCGCCCUGAAGAAAGCGCAGUGUCCGAGGAGGUGGUGCUACUGUACCUGGUUUUUAACAGACGAGGAGCUGAAGAUCGUAGCCCAGGCAGUUUUAGGAGUUGCCGUGUUUGUCACUUGUGUAGCUCUGCUGAGCUUGCUGUGGAAAAUGUGUGCAAGACGCCUGCGGCGGCGGCGCGUGGCGGCGGCGGCGGGGGUGGACCUGCUGGACGACGCGGCGAGCCUCAGCUCGCAGCAGGUGUUCGUGGUGGAGCGGCUGCGCGACAGGCCGCCGCGCUACGAAGACGCCGCCCGCGACUUCGCCGUCGAGAAGCCGCCCCCGUACUCGGAGGCCGUGGUAGUCGUCAUAGGCAGACUCGUCAGGAGGUCCUCCGCCGAACCCGAGGCGGACUGUGGCACUCGUCCGCCGAAGGGGCUGCCGCAGCCGCAGCCGCUGUCGCCCCGCACCGCGCCGGGACUCUCAACUGGGGCCGCCUCCUCGGAGCCCGAGCCGGGACCGGCGGCUGCAGCAGCCGAGGAGCUGGGCAGCCCCACGUCCACCGCGGCUUAG